AUGCUGGUGAGAACACCGAGAGCUCUCCUGGAGAAGACAGGAAGAGAGAGAGCCGCCGCGCUUAACUGGAUGCGCCGCAUCGCUGCGCGUGUGCCAGAAUCCGGGCUCUCGGGGUCUCAGCUGCAAGCACUUCUGGAGGAUGAGUUCCCGUUCUUUUCGCCUUCCGAGGUUGGUGCUGUGACCCUGAAGGAGGCAGUCUUGAAAUUCCCUCAGCUACUGAGUGUGGAAGAUAGCAACAAGCUGCAAGCCAAGUGGCAUGUACGACCCACUCCUGAGCCGGAGGCGCAGGAACAGCGAGCGUCCUCCUCGCCGAGACCCACUGAGACGUACGCGCUGUCUAUGAUGAAGCUUCAGCAGUUCUGCACCAAGCGAGCGCGUCUGCAUCACAACACGUAUAUGCCACUGGAGUAUGCGCUCAGCAAGGCCGAUAUCAAUGAUGUGAACAUUGUCGGAGAAGUACUGAGAAACGCAGACGUUGCGCUGGACGUGCAGGCGGGGGUGCGCAUUAAGCCAAAGCGCACGCCGCGUACGGUUGUGGCCUUCGUGGACGGUGAUGUACUCCCUGCCGUUGCCGUGAAUGAAAUGUGCAAUGAGCUCAACGUAGUGAAGGAUUCAAGCAUCGUAACCAUCGUUCGGCAGCCGGGAAGCCAUGCGCUCUCGGCUGUCGACACUGUGUGCCCCAACGUCAUUCCAACCUAUCUGAGUAUUGAGAAGCACGCACAGGAGCUCCGGCUUCGGAGGCCAGAUGUGCGCCACGAUAUCGUGUACAUGUGCGCUGCCUCACAGUUCGACACCUACGCAGAUCGUGUGGCUCUUCUAAACGACUUCCCUGAUGCGGACGUGUAUGUGUGCUGCCCGAGCAUGAUAGCGCUGGUUAAACCAAAGAAGGUGAUUCCGUUCGAGUGA